AGGCGGAAGCGCGGAGCUUCCCGGCGUGCUCCGCGGCGCAGCGGCGCUGGUGUUCCGGAAGGGGGGCCGGGUACGGCGGCGCGGGGAGCGGGGCUGGGCGGCCGGGCCAAGAUGGCGGUGCAGGAGUCGCCCGCGCAGCUCUCCAUGACGCUGAAGGUGCAGGAGUACCCCACGCUCAAGGUGCCGUAUGAAACGCUGAACAAACGAUUCCGUGCAGCUCAGAAAAACAUUGACCGAGAGACUAGCCACGUUACGAUGGUGGUGGCGGAGCUGGAGAAGACGCUGAGCAGCUGUCCAGCUGUGGAUUCUGUUGUUAGUCUCCUUGACGGAGUAGUUGAAAAGCUCAGUGUUUUGAAACGAAAGGCAGUGGAAUCAAUCCAGGCUGAAGAUGAGAGUGCAAAGCUAUGCAAGCGCCGGAUUGAGCAUCUUAAAGAGCAUAGCAGCGAUCAACCAGCUGCUGCAAAUAUGUGGAAGAAAAAACGCAUGGAUCGCAUGAUGGUGGAACAUCUCUUACGGUGUGGUUACUACAACACAGCUGUAAAACUAGCUCGGCAAAGCGGUAUUGAGGACUUGGUAAAUAUUGAGAUGUUUUUGACUGCCAAAGAAGUAGAAGAAUCCUUGGAAAGGCAAGAAACUAUGACUUGCUUAGCUUGGUGUCAUGAUAACAAGUCUAGACUCAGGAAGAUGAAGAGUUGUCUGGAGUUCAGCCUAAGGAUUCAGGAGUUCAUUGAACUUAUUCGGCAGAACAAGAGGCUGGAUGCUGUGAGACAUGCAAGGAAACAUUUCAGCCAGGCUGAAGGAAGUCAGCUGGAUGAAGUGCGGCAAGUGAUGGGGAUGUUAGCCUUUCCUUCUGACACUCACAUCUCUCCUUACAAGGAUCUUUUGGACCCUGCUCGGUGGAGAAUGCUAAUCCAACAGUUUAGAUAUGAUAACUACAGGCUGCAUCAGCUGGGGAACAAUUCGGUCUUCACUAUAACACUGCAGGCUGGACUCUCUGCUAUAAAAACACCACAAUGUUAUAAAGAAGAUGGCAGUUCAAAAAACCCAGACUGCCCCGUGUGUAGCAAAUCCCUGAACAAGCUGGCUCAGCCUCUGCCAAUGGCCCACUGUGCCAACUCCCGACUAGUCUGCAAGAUCUCAGGAGAUGUGAUGAAUGAGAACAAUCCUCCCAUGAUGCUUCCCAAUGGAUAUGUGUAUGGAUACAAUUCUUUGCUUUCAGUUCGUCAAGAUGACAAAGUAAUUUGCCCAAGAACCAAAGAGGUCUUCAACUUCUCACAAGCUGAGAAAGUCUACAUUAUGUAACUCCCUUGUACAAAGUGCCGCUGGAAUUUGACACAGUAUAUUCUGGCAUGCCCUUAAAGCAAGAUCUUGUGUGUGGCAAACAGACCUGCCAUUUUUUUCUGUGGGGGAGGGAGGGUUAGAUUUGUUGGUGGCAUUUUUAAUUGCGACCAAAGAUCAAUAAACAACAGUAUACACUCUAGACAUGAGAAAGGAGGACUAACAGUUUGUACGUUGGAGGGAACAAAUUUUGAAUGCCUGGAUUUUGUAACAGUAAUUGGACUCUUCCUCUCAUGCUCCUCCAGCAAAAGAAGCUUACUCAAAAAAUGGACCAUUUCACUUGGGAGAGAAAAUUGCAGUGGAUCCCCAAAGGGUCGUGUUUGGUUUCAGCAUCUCCACUACGUGCCCAUGUGGGGGAACUUUCUUAUUUUAAGGAGCCAAAUAUGCAAAUGUGCGGUAUGUCCACACCAGAGUCGUAGCCAGCUGCAGCCUCUGGAUGUGUGUCCAUCUUGUGGCUCCAGGCGUGCUUCUGUCCCCUUCCAGGGCAGUAGUGGUCACCACAAGGGAUGCCAACUGACCACAUAUCUGCCACGUGACAGUGUGAAGUUGGCCUUGGUGCACUUCGUUUUUUUGUUCACUGAUGACAAAGAGCUCUUAUCCUCAAUCUUUCUUUCCACAUUUUCAAUGAUUGUGUCUGCCAUAGUAGCUCUUCAUGCAACAGAUGCAGACAGAAUUGACACAAGGCCGACUUCACUGGAAGAAUUAGAAAAUUCUCCGAAGGGGAACGGAAAUAUUUCUUCUCCCAGCCCCCUUUCCAGAAACCCUCCCCUUUUGAAGCAUUGUAGAAAGAUUGCAUAAAUACAGAUAUAACUGAGAACAUUACAGGCACAGGACACUGCUUGUAUGUCUGUUUUCCAGUUUACCAUAGUGUUAAAAGUCCUUCACUUAUUAGUUACUACAUGCAUAGCAUUCAAUAUCAAACCAUUAGUGCUACUGCCUUAUUUCUUGCUUUGAGAAUGUACUCACAUUUUUAAAAAACUCAACCUUAAAUGUUUGGCAAGUUUUUGAAGAUGGCUUGCGGGAUAAUUAUGUAAUUUUAGGGUGUUAAUUAGAGAUUAGUUCAAAUCUAACAGCUACAAAUCACACCCGUAUCACUCUCCAAACAAAACCAUUGUAAUUAAAAUCAUACAGUAGAAGUUUGUAUUUAGCAUUUAUUUUUGCAUGUUGAUGUUGGUUAGCUAAUAAAGACUGUAAACAAA